AUGUCCGGAAGUAAAUCGAUGAUUCUAGAACAAUCUAUUCGUCUCUACCAACAAUAUUAUCCAGAACGACAUAACACACGAGAAAAUGUUUCUCGUACUUUAACUGAAGAUUUUGACGAGCGUGACAAUGUUUAUCGAAUUCGCCGUAGACGCACAGUUGUGCCAGCCAAUGAAGUACCAACGUGGUCAAUCGAUACAUUUCGCGAGCCGAUAGUUUUGGAUAUACGUCACGAUUCUGAAGCAGUACCAAGAUCACAAACGAGUUAUUCGACAACACAGCCUAAAUCAUUUAUGUAUGUUAUGGGCGUACGAAAUUAUCGUCGAAAAAUAUAG